AUGACGUUGUGCGAGAAGGUAUGUCUCGCGUGUUUGGUGGUCUUCGGGUUACUAUCAAUAUUACUGGGUAUUGUGACUCUUACCGUUAUUGAAGGAAUUGUCGACAGGACCAGGGAUCGUUUGGGCUAUGAAGAGCUGAAUGGUACUAGACGUCUGAACCCCAUGACGCAAAAAUGGGUUCAUCCCGAAUAUCAUAUGCAAGUAGAAAUUUGGAUGUUCAACUUGAUGAAUCAUGCAGAGGUUCUUCGUGGUGCCAAACCUAGAGUGCAGGAGAUUGGGCCGUUUACAUUCAUGGAGCGUCAAUACAAGUCACCUUAUCAAUUCGAUAAGAACGAGUCAAGAGUUUUCUAUCGUAACAACCAUGUUUAUGUUUUCAAUGAGUCACUAUCGUGUGCGCAUUGUUCUCUUGAUCAGCGAAUAGUGAUUCCGAAUGUGGUAUUUCAGAAAUUAGUAGACUUCGUACAGCAGGGCGGAUAUCCAGCGAAAUUCGCCAUAGAGGCUCUUCUAGCUUAUUUCAAAAGGGAAUCUCCCUUUAUCGAUGUCAGCGUGAGAGAAGCGUUGUAUGAUGGAUAUCAAGAUCCGUUGCUUGGCAAAGUAUGCUCAUACAAUCCGGUCUUAAGAAAAUUAUGUGAAGCUGCUAAAAUUCCUGAGCGGAUUGGAUUUUUCUAUGGGCAGAACAACACCGACGAUGGCUUAUACGAAGUCUCAACUGGUCUCAACGAUGUGUUCAGUAUCGGCAAGGUAUUCACGUUCAACAACAUGUCUGUGAUGCCGGAGACGGUGUGGGAUUCGGCUGACGCACGCGAAAUACGAGGAACAGACGGACAGCUUUUUCCUCCAUUGCUUGAAGAAGGAAGGGAACUUGAAGUAUUCGCAGGCCAAAUGUGCAGGUCGAUUGCCAUGCAGUUUCUGCGACGAUCCGAUUUCCAAGACGUCACCGCUUUUCGCUAUGGGCUACCUACGAAGAUGUUUGACCCGAGCAUUCCUGAGAACCGCGGGUUUUGUAACAAGAAUGGCACCCCUACUUUUUUCAACGCGUCCAUUCAAAUUCCUGGAUGUUUACCGAAAGGCUUGCUAGACAUUGGGAGAUGCCUCCCUGGAACACCGAGAAUCUACAUUUCAAACUCACACUUUUUCGGUGCGGAUCCAGCGGUUAUAUCAUCCAUACAAGGCAUGGGAAAGCCAAGCGAGGAGAAUGAUCAAACAUAUGUGGAUAUAGAACCAAUAAGUGGAGUGCCGAUAUUCGCAAAAAGGGUAACACAAAUCAAUGUUGGAAUGUUGAAAGGAAACCUCAAUGUUUUGUCCAAUAUGAAUAACAUCACCUUCCCGGUGUUAUGGAUGAAUGAAACUGUAUAUUUUGACAGCGAUACCAGGGAUCAAUUGAGCAAUUUAACGUCAAUCAAGUACGUUUUUAUACUCUCGAAGCUUAGCAACGAUUAUUUUGAAAGUCUGAGUGCAGGCGUGCUCGAUAUUGGAAGCUUACUGAAAAUAACAUUCACAUUAUUAGUUGCGCUAUUCAGCGUACAAUAA